AUAUAUUCAAGGUUCACUGCUGCCGGUAAUAACGUCAUUCAUAUUUCACAAUACAAGCAACUUGAUAAAUAGUUAGGAAAGCAUCAUGGCUGGGCUGUGAAACGUUAGUGUAACAACAAGGAUUCAGUGGUGCCAUGAGAUUACCUCUUCGUGCUUGGAGAUGGUACAUGCGAUGUUUAGAGAUUCAUCCGUGGAAAACUCAGCUCAUCUCGACAGGAGCACUUCUCGGAGCUGGAGACUUCAUUGCACAACAAUACGUUGAGAAAGUCCCAUUGCGAGAGCAUGAUUUGGUUCGUACAGCCCGAAUGGCGGCUGUCGGAACUGUUGUGAUUGGCCCCAUAUUCCACGUAUGGUACGCACAACUGGAUAAAAGAUUUGCUCGCAAAAGCCCUGGAAAUGCCAUCCGGAAAAUGACAGUAGAUCAAAGCAUCCUGGCGCCAGUGUUUCUUGUUUUAUUUUACGGUGCUGUCGGAGUCGUUGAACGUCGCACCAUCAAAGAGAUUAGUGACAAAAUCUACGAGGAAUUUUAUCCCAAUAUGGUUGUGAACUACCAAAUCUGGCCAGCUGUUCAGUUCUGUAAUUUUUAUUUUUUUCCAGCCCAUCUGCGAGUGCUGAUUGUGAAUGUUGUAUCACUGUUUUGGAAUACAUAUCUAGCAUGGACUUCGCACAAGGAGUUGGAACAUUCCAAGCAGUAGUGUUGUCUGUCCAAGAAAUUUUUGUA